AUGGGACAACGCCUUACAGUUCGACGCCUUGAAGAGAUACAACGUUUGUAUCUCUUGGACAUGUUGUUCCUAGUUGAAACAAAGCAACAAGAUAACUACAUCAGAGAUAAGGGUGUCAGUUUGGGGUUCAGUGAUAUGUGUAUUGUCUCUCCUAGAGGGUUAAGUGGUGGUUUAGCUGUUUUCUGGAAGAAUCAUGUUUCUGUUCAAGUUAUUUCUCAGGAUGUAAGACUUGUAGAUCUUUAUGUUGAAUACAAAUCUUUUAAUUUCUACUUGUCUUGCAUCUAUGGUCACCCAAUCCCUAGUGAAAGACAUCAUCUUUGGGAAAAGCUACAGAGAAUAUCAACAAAUAGAAAUGGUCCUUGGAUGAUGUGUGGUGAUUUCAAUGAGAUCCUACAACCAGAAGAAAAACAAGGGGGAAGACAGAGAAGUUUUAGCAGUCUGAGAAAUUUUACAACAAUGAUUGACUGUUGUAAUAUGCAAGACUUGAAGUUUAAGGGGAACCCUUUUAGUUGGGUUGGUAAGAGACAGAAGGAAACAAUCCAGUCAUGUCUGGACAGAGUCUUCAUUAACUCCGAUUGGAAAGCGUCAUAUCCUGCUUCUGAAACAGAGUUCCUCACCAUUGCAGGAUCUUACCAUGCACCUGUAAUUAUUACUGUUGAAGAAGAGUUCUGUGUAAAACGAGGCCAGUUCAGAUAUGAUAAACGACAUGUUGAUUCAGAGGAUUUUGUGAGAGCUGUUAAAAAAGGAUGGUCAACAGAGCUAUCAAGGUGGAAAAGAAGAUCAAAGACAAAUUCAGCAGAAAAGAUACAGAUAUUAAAGGCUCAACUGGACGUAGCAGAGAGAAGCAAUUCAACAACUUUAGCAGAAGUCACAAACCUAAGGUAUGAGCUAACUAAGGCGUACAGCGAAGAAGAACAAUAUUGGAAGUUAAAGAGUAGAAAUCAAUGGAUGAACCUGGGAGAUCGUAACACAAAAUUCUUUUAUGCCACCACAAAGAUACAAAAAGCACGCAACCGUCUUAAAUCCAUUUUCGAUGAACAAGGUGUAGAAAACUUCAGAGAUGAUGCUAUAGGGAAAGUCGCCGAAUCCUACUUCACGAAGCUUUUCACUACGACACAACACACCAACAUGGAUGAUAUAAUCUCUGAUAUAGAACCCCGAGUAACAGCUGAAAUGAACAGAGACCUCCAACUACCAGUUAUAGAUCAAGAAAUUAAAGAUGCAGUUUUUUCAAUAGGGGCGGAUAGAGAUCCUGGGUCUGAUGGUUUCACUGCAGCCUUUUAUCAGCAGUUCUGGGAAUUGAUCGGUGAUGAUGUUUGCUCAAUGGCAGCAUUUUUUCCUGGCCGUAGUAUAUCGGAUAAUAUACUGGUGGCACACGAGCUUCUACAUUCUCUUAAAUCCAGACGUGACUUCCAUACAGGAUAUGUAGCUAUCAAAACAGACAUCAGUAAAGCCUACGACCGUGUUGAAUGGAAUUUCUUAGAAGCAGUCAUGACACAGAUGGGAUUUGCACCACGAUGGGUUAAAUGGAUAAUGGAGUGCGUAACAUCAGUUUCUUAUGAAGUCUUAAUCAAUGGUUCACCUUAUGGGAAGAUAAAACCAAGCAGAGGAAUACGCCAAGGUGACCCACUUUCCCCAUAUCUUUUUCUCUUUUGUGCAGAAGUCUUGAGUAAUAUGAUGCAAAAAGCAGAAAGAGAUAGACAGAUUCAUGGAAUACGUUUAGCAAGAGAUUGCCCGUCAAUAUCCCACCUUCUCUUUGCAGAUGAUUCUCUAUUUUUCUGUCGAUCAUCUAAUCAAGAAUGUGAGCAUAUAGCAUCAAUUUUUAAGAGGUACGAGGCAGCUUCUGGGCAACAAAUAAACUAUACAAAAUCAUCCGUGAUCUUUGGAUUUAAAACUCCAGAUUCAAGAAGACAACGGAUUCAUCAGAUUUUGGGAAUUGAGAGAGUUGGUGGUGGCGGGAAAUAUUUGGGACUCCCAGAGCAGUUUGGACGUAAAAAGGUAGAACUGUUUGAGUAUAUUGUGCAACGAGUAAAAGAAAGAACAGAGGGCUGGAACUACAAACAUUUGUCUGCAGCAGGAAAAGAGAUUGUUAUUAAAACAAUAGCUAUGGCUCUCCCAGUGUUUUCAAUGAACUGCUUUCUCUUACCAAUCACCAUCUGCAAUGAAAUCACCAUUGUAGUCUCAAACUUUUGGUGGGGACAGGAUAAUGGAAAAAGGAAGAUCCCAUGGACUGCCUGGAAACGAUUGACGCUCCCAAAAAAGGAAGGAGGACUAGGUUUUAAAGAUCUUCAAGCCUUCAAUAAAGCAUUAUUGGCAAAACAGGCUGAGCGACUUCUCAAGAACCCCUAUAGUCUUUUGGCUCGUCUCUACAAAGGUUUGUAUUAUCCGGAUACACCUUUUCUACAGACACAAACAGGACCUACUGCGUCCUCUGGCUGA